CGCCCGGGCAGCUGAGCAAAGGGCUGCGCUUCCCUUCCCUGCUGGCUCUCCCUAUCAGCGCACAAACAGCUCACUGACACAGGCUGCUGCUGUGGAUCCGAGGAGGAAUCUGGGCGCGAGCAGUGGAGAAAGAGAGGCUGAAGGAAGAAUGGGUCAAUACCAGGUCUGGGGGACUGAAUGAAGUGGGGAAAAAAAUGUUACUAUCACAGCUGACUUCCCGGCUGCUGAAGGCUUCACGAGUUGCAGGGCACUUUCUGCCAAGGUCGGUGUCUUCCUUUCUUUGCUGUCAUUCUACAUCUGUGAACUAUUGCACGCAGCCACCUAAUAAGAAUGGAGCCCAGCCUCAGCGGUGGCACGUGCUGGAGCCUGAACUGGAAGAGAUGUUGGUCCCCAGAAAGCUUUCCAUCAGCCCCUUAGAAAGCUGGCUGACAGUCACAUACUCCCUUCCUAAAGCAGAGGUCAAUAGAGCUCAGGAAGAAGUGGGCUCUGGGCCUCUCCAGAGGUAUGUCUGUCCUCCAUCUGAUGAAGGAGCUGAUGUGGAAGAAGGGGAAGGAACACCAACCAACACACUGCAGUGUAAGAACGUGUUGGAGAUCCGCAGACGGAAAAUGAAUCGACACAAAUACAAAAAGCUGCUGAAGAGAAGGAAGUUUGUGAGAAGGAGGAUAAAGGAAGGGCGCAAGAAGAAACGGCAGGUAAAAUUUGAGAAAGAUUUGGAGCGCAUCUGGAAAAGAGCUGGUUUGAAAAAUCCUCCUGCAGGAUGGCAAACACCCAAGAUAUUUCUGAAAAGUUCCAAGCAUUAGAAAUACUUGUAACGAGUUUUCACAUGUAAUUGUAAUUAAAAGAAAUAUUUAAGUA